CACACGCAGUACGAAUACGUGAGAUGCGAGUUGCUUCCCCUGACGAACGGUGCGCCUUAAACUCGGCAAGGCUUUGAUCCUCUCUCCUCCCUCCUCCUGAUCCUCCCUUCGCUCCCAGAAAUGAGUACUAGUCUCACAUAUACGUCCCUGAGCACUCUCGCAGUGGCCGCGCUGAGCUUCGUCGUCUUCAAAAUGCUGUUCUCAAGGAAGAAUCAAUUCCCUACUGAUGGCCUCACGGCCAUUGUCACAGGUGGCUCGCAAGGCAUGGGCCUUUCUAUAGCGGAAGAACUCUCCAGCAGAGGCGCAAACGUGGUGAUCGUCGCGCAGGACAAGGGCAAACUGGCAAGGGCCGUCGACACGAUUCGCGCAAAGGCACUCAAACCACAGCAAAAGUUCCUCGACCUCUCCUUUGACCUGCGAUCGCCCGAGUCUGCGCCUAGGAUCAUCGAACAAGUCACGCAAUGGAACAAUGGACAAGCACCGGACAUGGUCUUCUGCUGUGCAGGCAACUGCCAGCCCGCUUUCCUCGCGGAUGCGAGCGUCGAGACACUGCGAGGACAAAUGGACACAAUCUACUGGUCCUCGGUAUACAUGGCGCACGCAACCUUGAAUCUGUGGAAGCGACCUUCAGUCCCAGAGAACAAGCUACGCGUUAACCCGCCCACGCGACAUAUCGUCUUCACAUGCAGCACGCUCGCUUUCCUCCCAGUCGCCGGCUACUCGCCUUAUUCUCCUGCAAAGGCCGCAAUGAAGGCCAUGGCCGACGGUCUAAAUCAAGAAGUGGCAGUCUACAAUGGUUCUCGGUUGGGUUCUGGUCCUGCUCCUGACGCAGACGUUGCGGUCCAUAUCGUAUUUCCUUGUGGCAUCAUUUCCCCCGGCUUCGAGAACGAGAACAAGAUCAAACCGGAGCUCACCGUCAUGCUUGAGAAAGAUGACAAGCCACAACUACCAGACGAGAUUGCGAAGAUUGUGCUCAACCGACUCGAUGCUGGCGACUUCAUGAUCAGCACGUUGUUACUGGGACAUUUGAUGAGGGGCAUAGGCAUGGCCAGCAGUGUGAGGAAGAACCUCAUGGAUGUUUUCUGGAACUGGGUGGGGUCUCUUGUCAUUAUCUUCGUCGCUCCUGACCUCAUUUCGAAAUGCCAAAAUUGGGGCAAACAGAGAGGAUUGGCGGCGACUGGACCUGCUCCUUCAAGUUGAACAUACUGUACACCACCCCUUCAAAUGUCCAGCUCUUCAGUCGCGUUCGAGGCCGGCUCUAUCAUGGCAUCCAGCAAAGCCUGCAGCUCGUUUUCUGUCAUCUGUUGGUCAAAGUUUUGAUCCAAAAAGAGCUCCGCGGCAACUUCAGCCGCUUCGAGUUCCGCUGCCUCGCUCACGGUCAACGCAGAACAUUGUGAGACCAGAUCCUCCCCCCUCCUCGCCCGCCGAGAAAGAUCCAAGGCUCGUUCAACAACUUCUUCGGGGAUACCAUUCAUUGCUGCACAUUGUGUACCAUAGGAGAGAUCGCUACAACCGAGUUGGAGAUUGUACAAAUAAGAGACUCUGCUUUGUUGCUCAGUCACUCUUUCGUCCGCGUUCUCAACCCGUACUUCCAUAUGUGCAAAGGAGAUAUUCUUCAAGGUUCCGAACAAAUUUGUUUCGAAGAUCUCGUGAAAAUGCGUUGCGACCAGAGCCUUUGGAGCCUGGGUGUUGAGAGACAAGAGAUGUAGAAAGACACCGGCGGCUAAACCAGCACCAUCGCACGUGUCGGUGCCUUUCCCAAAUUCGUCAAUCACUAUCAAACUCUUCCUCGUACACGAAUUCAGGGCCAUAGCAAUCUGCUGCAUAUCAAUCAUAAACGCAGACUGGACCUUGGAAACCGUCUCCCUGGUGGUGAGGCGCGUGAAGAUCUUAUCGGUGAUGCCGAUAGUCGCGGACUCUGCUGGGACAAAAGACCCGAUGUGAGCCAUGUAGACUGCCAAUGCCACCUGCUUCUGAUAGACCGACUUUCCAGAAUAGUUUGGGCCCGUCAGCAGCAGCAUACUUGGUCCGACCGGAGCGUGUUCAUCCUCGCCGCCGCCGCCCAAUAUGAAGGUGUCGUUAGGGACGAAAGACGGAACGCUCUUCUCCUGUAGCAGGUGUCUUCCUUUUUCAAUGUUUAUGACAUUGUGCUCUAUGAUCUUUGGGCGAGUCAACCUGUGCUCAUAUGCAGAAUGAACAAAUGCCAGGUUGCAAUCCAGCUCACCACAGAUGUCAGAUGCUUCUAUGAGAAAUUUCUCGUGCUCGAGAACCUUCUGCGCCAAGUCAUGGGCAAUUUCAAUUU